AGACUCCCGAUGGCCAGAGGCUGACUUCCACUCCCGCAGACCGCUCCCCGGGGGGAAAAGAGAAGAGAGUGAGAGCCGCGCGAGGCCUCCGGUCCCCGCAGCCUGCAGAAGUUAGAGGCUCUGCGCCGAGCGCACACUCCUGCGCCCGCCUGCAAGGCGAGCCUGCACCAGGAGAGCACAGCCUCCGGGCUGCCCGGCCGCGGAGAGCCGGCUUUUGUCAUGAUGGCCAGCUACCCCGAGCCCGAAGACACGGCGGGGACCCUGCUGGCUCCGGAGAGCGGACGCGCAGUCAAAGAGGCCGAGGCGUCGCCGCCGAGUCCCGGCAAGGGAGGCGGGACAACACCGGAGAAACCAGACCCCGCGCAGAAGCCCCCGUACUCGUACGUGGCGCUCAUCGCCAUGGCGAUCCGCGAGAGCGCCGAGAAGAGGCUCACUCUGUCCGGCAUCUACCAGUACAUCAUAGCCAAGUUCCCGUUCUACGAGAAGAACAAGAAGGGCUGGCAGAAUAGCAUCCGCCACAACCUCAGCCUCAACGAGUGCUUCAUCAAGGUGCCGCGCGAGGGCGGCGGCGAGCGCAAGGGCAACUACUGGACGCUCGACCCGGCCUGCGAGGACAUGUUCGAGAAGGGCAACUACCGGCGCCGCCGCCGCAUGAAGCGGCCCUUCCGGCCGCCGCCCGCUCACUUCCAGCCCGGCAAGGGGCUCUUCGGGAGCGGAGGAGCGGCGGGUGGCUGCGGCGUGCCCGGAGCUGGGGCCGAUGGCUAUGGCUACCUGGCGCCACCCAAGUACCUGCAAUCGGGGUUCCUCAACAACUCCUGGCCCCUGCCGCAGCCUCCCUCGCCCAUGCCCUACGCCUCCUGCCAGAUGGCGGCGGCUGCGGCGGCCGCUGCUGCAGCCGCUGCAGCCGCCGGCCCGGGCAGCCCCGGUGCAGCCGCGGUGGUCAAGGGGCUGGCGGGCCCCGCCGCCUCCUACGGGCCGUACUCGCGCGUGCAGAGCAUGGCGCUGCCUCCGGGCGUCGUGAACUCCUACAACGGCCUGGGGGGCCCUCCUGCCGCACCACCGCCGCCGCCACCGCCGCCGCACCCUCACCCGCACCCUCACGCACAUCAUCUGCACGCGGCCGCUGCGCCCCCGCCAGCCCCGCCACACCACGGGGCUGCCGCGCCUCCCCCGGGUCAGCUCAGUCCCGCCAGCCCGGCCACCGCCGCGCCCCCGGCACCCGCGCCCACGAGCGCGCCCGGCCUGCAGUUCGCCUGCGCCCGGCAACCCGAGCUCGCCAUGAUGCAUUGCUCAUACUGGGACCACGACAGCAAGACGGGCGCGCUGCACUCGCGUCUGGAUCUCUGAGUGCCAACGCGCGCGGGAGCGGUCCCCCACCCCUAUCCCGGGAGUGGAGGAGCCGAGCUCGGGUCGCAGCCGCAGCAGCCAGCCUGACAGCGCGCACUCCGGGACAGCUUCUGGAUGCAGAGCCCUCGAGCGGUCUGCCCUUCCUCGGUCCGCCCCGCUCCUGCGACUCCGCUUUGUCGCCUCCGCUGCUCCUCCGGUGCUCUUCCCCGCCGCGGCCUCUGCUUUCCCGUGCUGCUGGCCGGAGGCCGCCCACUCCGUGCUUUCCGCGGGCCUCCUCUCCUCACCGCAGGGAGUGAGUCCCCGGCCGAGGUGCGGUCGAAGUGUCUGAGACGCAGCUUACCUCUUGGCCCUCUCUUCCAGGUCGGUGGACUCAAGCUCGAUUUUAUUUUUAAUUCCCCACCCCGACUGUCUGCGACUAGAAGCGCUAGGCUGCUGGGGGAAGAGGGACCCACACUACCGGAGAAUGGAAAGAACGUGUCUGGUCGCUCUGCGAUCCCUCCUGGAACUGAUCAGAAGCCGCUUGCAGAGGGGCCCACUGGGCGGGGCGGGGGUUGAGCCCCAGGCUGGAGCAGGGACAGCCUCGUUCCGCGGCCUGCAACCGAGUUCUCAUCCCCCGCUCCUUGUGAGGCCGUGGUGCCUCCGCUCCGCAGAGCACCGCAUAGGGCACCUCCAGGCCAGGUCUUUAUGAAAAAGAUUGGUGAGGCUUUUGAAAAUAUUAAAAAAUACUUUUUAAAGAAAAAAAGAAAGAGGGAGAGAAUAAAACAUUCAUGGGGGGGUGGGGAGGAGAAAUGUAAUGGCCUUGGAGUUUGCUAAAACCAAACAACAAAAUCAAAAGUUUUGGUUUUCUUCAUCGACCCUGCUGGGAAAUUUGUGUAAGAAUUCCCGUGGUGACUUCAUUAGGCUGUGUUCAGAGGGAGGAGAAAAUAACUAGCUAAAAUAAGGUUUCCACUACAAAUUAGGAAUUUCUUUUCUAUUUAAAAGUUGAACUCAAAACAAAUUUCCCCGGAUCUUCCGAUUCUGCCCCGGAUGCCAGAAGAGAUCUCUGCCUGGCUGGUACACACCGCCCAGAUGACACUCCUAUCCCUGAUUUUUGUUUUUCCAAUGUCUUGUUUCUUCCACCUUCGGAAGGAGAAAUGUGAAACUCGUCAUGGCCGGCCCACACGGGCUUGUGGCCCCAGCCGGCUGGCCCGAAAUCCCGUGACCUGGUGGUUGAGUAAUGUCUUUCGGGGACCAAAUUUUCUAGAGGGAACUAGAGCACUUUUGUUGUGUUUGUACGUGUGUGAGGGCGUCCCUUGUCAAUUCCCAAAUAAAUUUUUUUGUUUUUUGUUUUUCUUUUAACACGGACUUGCAUUGUUUCUUUUACACCGUAGUUCAGCAGCUAGCUAGCUAAGAGAGCGAGCCUUUCAAGAAAAAUUGUGUUCUUUUAAAAAGUGACACAAACAAGAGUUGAGGACAACCCGGGUGGCAGGCGCUUUGGGCUGUCGCUGCUGCUUUGUUUUUCAGGAGAUUGUUUGUUUUUCUGUGUCAUCGUUUGUCUGUUGCGGCUGUUUCACACCGGCAAAGAUACCCGGCCCUCGCUAGAGGCUACUGUAGGCAAGGUUUGUUCUCGUUUUGCGUUCGUGUAAGUUUAUAUUUUGCCUCUUACAUAAUUGUACUAGGUGCGUACGCUGUGUUUCCACUGCUAUCCUCAUACGUCUAAGAAUUUUUUUGUCAAAAAUAUAUGUAACAUUUUUUAAUAUAAAAUCCAGAUUUCAGAAACA